CUGGUCAGCGUUCAUGCGGGUUUCUUUGUUCCCAAUGGAUAUUUGGAGUUCAGAAGGAAGUGUCAACUAGCAGUUGCUUUAUGAAAUUUCAAAAAUAUUUGUUGGUGUUUUUGGAGAGUCCAGUGUUUAUGUUUCUCAAUGGAUCCAACUGAGAAAAUCUGAGAACUAUCCGAUUGUCUAUUAACCUGGACUCGUGGAAUGUGAUUGUGAACCAUCAUCUUGAGAUCUUCAGGUGCUGUAGCUGACCUUGCUCAUCUGAUUUGUUGCGUUGUUUUGUGACUGUGAUUUUUGUAUAUUGUGGAUGAUGCCAACUGAAGCGUUUCCUCUGAGUGGGGCUCAGAUAGCCUUGUGUCGUCUGGUUCAUCACGGCCCCAGACCACAGGCCACGCUGAGACCUCUGAACCAGGAGCUCAGGCUCUAUGUUGAGAAGACACGCACCAAACCUAAAUGCAGGAUGGAGGCAUCUUGUCUGGAGCUGGCGCUGGAAGGGGAGAGACUGUGUAAAGCGGGAGAUUUUAAAGGUGGUACAGCCUUCUUUGAAGCUGCUGUUCAGGUGGGAACAGAAGAUCUCAAGACCCUCAGUGCCAUUUACAGCCAGCUGGGUAACGCUUACUUCUACCUGAAGGAGUAUGGCAAAGCCCUGGAGUACCAUCGGCACGACCUCACGCUCGCCCGGACAAUCGGGGACCGGAUCGGGGAGGGGAAAGCCAGUGGGAAUCUGGGGAACACUCUGAAGGUUUUGGGCCGCUAUGAUGAAGCAGUUGUGUGCUGUCAGAGACACCUGGACAUUUCUCAAGAACAAGGAGACAAGGUCGGCGAGGCCAGGGCUCUGUAUAACAUGGGGAACGUGUUUCAUGCCAAAGGAAAGCAGCAGCUGUGGGGCAUCUCACAGGAUCCCGGAGAGCUUCCUCCUGACGUCAGAGACACGCUGCAGCGAGCCACGGCUUUCUAUGAGAUGAACCUCUCUCUGGUAAAGGAGCUGGGAGACCGAGCAGCGCAGGGAAGAGCCUUCGGUAACCUCGGGAACACUCAUUACCUGCUGGGUAAUUUCGUUGAGGCCAUCAAGUUCCACAGAGAGCGUCUCUCCAUUGCAAAGGAAUUUGGCGACAAGGCCGCCGAGCGCAGAGCGUACAGUAACCUAGGCAAUGCUCUCAUUUUCCUUGGCCAGUUCAAUGCAGCCACAGAGUAUUACAGGAACACUCUGCAGCUCUCUCGGCAGCUGAAGGAUCAGGUGAUGGAAGCUCAAGCGUGUUACAGUCUGGGAAACACGUAUACGCUGCUGCAGGAGUAUGAACGCGCCAUAGACUAUCACCUCAAACACCUGCUCAUCGCUCAGGAGCUCAAUGACAGGGUCGGGGAGGGCCGGGCCUGCUGGAGUCUGGGCAACGCUUACGUGUCGUUGGGAAACCACCGUCAGGCUCUGCACUACACCCGGAAACACCUGGACAUCUCCAGAGAGAUCGGGGACAGGAACGGAGAGCUGAUCGCCAGGAUGAAUGUGGAGGAGCUGAUGGAGGCUCUCGGGGUGAAGGAGGGCGAUCUCUCGCCGUCUGAAUCUGAGUUUGAAGUGCAGGGAGCCAGACCCAAGUUCACCAAGAAGAACAGCAUGGACAGUGUUGACCUGUGGAAAUACAGCUCUGAAAAGAAUGAAGAUGCUCCAGAUGUUGAUGGUGUUUCAAGGAAGUCGAGGAACCAGCUGUCUCAGUCGAGCAGAAGCAAAAGUUACGCGGACAGUCAGUCGUCAGAUGAAAGACAGUGGCUCGACUCGCCUGUGGACACGGAUGACAUCACUGUUGACGUCACACCUCCAAAACUGGCUCGUGACGCGUCAGAUGAGGACUGCUUCUUUGACCUGUUGAGUAAGUUUCAGAGCAGCCGUAUGGAUGACCAGCGCUGUCAGCUGGAUGAGCCGUCCAAUGGAGAGAACGCAGGAGGAGCGGAUCGAAACACACUCAAUGACAUGAUCGGUCAGUCACAGUAUGCCAGUCUGCUGACGUCUCCUCAGACUGAAGAACUGUUCGAUUUGAUCGCCAGCUCUCAGAGCCGCCGUCUGGACGAUCAGAGGGUGAGCGUCAGUAACCUGCCCGGACUCAGAAUUACCCACAAUAACCUGGGCCACCUGUGUGGAGAGAGCGACCCUCAGGAGCCCAGCGAUGACUUCUUCAACAUGCUCAUAAAGUGCCAGUCAUCCAGGAUAGAUGACCAGCGCUGCUCUCCUCCUGAAGGGGGUCCGCGGGCCCCAACCGUCCCAGACGAGGAUUUCUUCAGCCUAAUACAGAGAGUUCAGGCCAAACGAAUGGACGAGCAACGCGUGCAGCUCCAAUCUUAUGAACAGGAGACGGACGAGGACGAGAGAGAGCCGGGGGUCGCAGACUCCUGAAGAAACCCGGGGCCAAAUGACAAACAACGAGGACUGAAUGAGAGAGGACGUUUCAUGGGGAACGUUUUGGAUGGACUCUUUCAUGAGAUGAAGAAAUGUGCACAAAGAGACGCAUGUGAGACAUGAAAACACAAGUGCCAUCUCAGUAUACGGUGCAGUUUUACGCCUCCUGUGCUUUACAGCCAAUGAUCCAUGACGUUUGAUAGAGUUUAUAUUGAAUGGAGGAACAGACAUUAGGGACGCAACUCUCUGGGCGAAUUCACUAAGAAUCAGUGAUUCUGUUGUUCAUUUGCAAACACUGCCUGCACUGUUUUAGCACCUGAUUAACAAAAGAAAUUUAACAAAUGAGGUGCAAAAACAUCUAAAAAAUGUCUGCAUCUGAACGCACAGCCAGUCAUAACCAUCUUUUCCAUUUGAUCAUUUAUGCAUUUAGCAAAUGCUUUUAUCCAAAGUGACUUGCAGUGCAAAAGAGGAACAAAAGCAACAAACAUCACAUUAUCUACAUAUUAUAGUGAUAGUUCACCCAGAAAGGAAAACAUGCUGUUAAUUUACUCAUCCAAGAUGUAGGUGUUUAUU